AUGUCUGCUACAGGUUUCUCUUAUGCUCAGGCCGCUCGCGGCCAGGCAGCACCGCAAGUAACUACGCCUGUUACCAGCUCAGUAGCUCCUCCACGGGCGAGCCCAGAGGAAAACGAUGUUUCGAAUCCCACAACAAUCCCCGAGGCAGGUACUGCCUUGGUGCUAUCUGUCACGAGCGAUGCGAGCAAACUAGCAUCGUCUGAAUCAGGAUACGGUUCACGAAAGGUCGAUUCAGAUGCGGGCUCCGCAACUGAUUCUGCUACGUUGAUUGGCACGCUUGUCGAAUCGACAUCCAACAUUUCACUGGACGACGUAUCUUUUCAUGCCAGUGCAAGCUACAAGAACGGCUAUGCCUCAGCUAUUGCUACACGGUCUUCCUCGUCUGAUGAUAGCGCCAGAAAGAGCCGGAAAGGCAAAACAACAAAAACAUCUACUAAGGACGCAGAUCUACUUUCUGUGGACGAUGCAGAGAAAGACGCGGAGGCUCCGAAGGUGGUCUUGUCUCCAGCGCCCGUGCCUAUCAAGAAUAUAUGGGAUGAGAGGCGGCGUGAGCUUGCUGCCAAGGCGAAGCAACCCCCCGCUAGCAAGCCAGACUCGUUGGUAGUGGCCACGGGUGCUACGGGUGCAAAUGGUGGGCUUGUGAAGUCGCAGGAACUGAAGAAAGGCAGUGCUCCGCCGACUGAUCUUGAAAAUCAUUCGGAGACAUUUGGCGCGACAGCCACGUUCAAACCCCACCAAAGAAGACUGAGCGAGACUUCACGUGGCGACCAAACGCGCCGCAACGGUUCCCGAGUGAGCAAGGUGGUAGAUAAGGAUGCUAAGAACCUUUCGGGGCGCAGCAUUUUGCCGUUUGUCCAAGAUACAACUCUUUGGCCGACCCCUGAAUCUGCCGCUGUGACUGAAGAUGCAAAGGCGAAGAGCCUUGCAGAGAAGGUGGACAGAUUAGAUGAUGGUGACAAGGACACCCAGGAGGAAGGGGCUCUUGCGAAGUCCCGGAAGAAGGGAGCUUGGGUUGCGCUGGAUUUUGUCCCUACUGUGAAUUUUCAGACCCCUCUCCCUAAUGUCCGCGGCUCGAAGCCAAAGGCAGGAUCUCGCGGCGGCCGCGAUUCUUCUUCUAGAGGGGGCUACAACAGCAUCGCGAACGGCUCCGCUCCGUCGGAGAAAGCGGUUUCCAUGCCCACGCCAAUGGACAAGACUCCAGACUUCCGAGACAAGGCAAAAGAAGCCAAUGGUACAGCGAUCACGGCGAGACCCCACUUUCACGCAUCCAACCCUGCCAAGCGCUUCUCGAUAGACUCUACCCAUAACCGGGAGAUACGAAAGUCAUCUGCAGCUGCCGAUCACGACAGGACAAAAAAUGCUGUGUCUAACUAUUCAGGGCUCCCAGUUAGAGCCGAUUUUGUUCCUAAAGGUACCUACGGAGGAGGAGUGAAUGGCGACACUGACAAUCACCACCACAUAGCCCUUCCUGUCCAGUCCGAUAGGCGAUUUGCGACAGCCAAAGCCACCGACCAUCAUGCGUCUUCUUCAAAGGAGAACGGGACUUUGCAGUUGAAGGAACCAGGUUUGACUGCACGGGAACGGACAGAAGCUAGAGGUGAACGCACUGGCCGCGGUGGGUUCCGUGGUGGCCGUGGCGGCCAUGCAAGCAGCGCUUCUCAAGGCCAUCAUUUUUCUCGCUCGGGGUAUCAGCAAAAUGGGCAAAGAGCUGCAUCAAACGGGGCAGUAUACGGCAGCAAUGGCUCUUUGCCACCGUCCGCUGUACCAUUUAACCCGACGGCACAGCAGUAUUCCUUUGGACACGCAAGCAACGUGUCGCGGUCUAGCAAAACUCCUGGGCGAGCGCAGUCUGUAUCGCAAGUCCCGACCUUUUCUAAUCGCUUGCAAAAUGGGGUGGCAAGCAUCGCUCGGUCCCAUAAUCAUGCGGCGCAGAUGGCCGGGGUACCUGCUGAGUUCCAUAUGCAACAACCCUACCCAUUCGCGACAUAUUCGAGCAUGGAAAUCGAGCACCUGCAGCCCCUGGUUAAGCAACUGGAAUACUACUUUUCGUUGGAAAAUCUUUGCAAAGACAUGUUCCUUCGCAGGAAAAUGGACGGCCAGGGCUUUGUUCGGUUGGCAAUCGUUGCGAGCUUCAGACGGAUGGCGGAACUAGCGCCAACUCUGGACUACGUACGUGCUGCAUGUGAACAGUCUGAGAAGCUCGACUACAUCCUUGACAAAGACCAGACUGAGCUGGUAAGGUCACGCACAGAGUGGAGAAAGUUCAUCUUGCCGGAAGAGCAGAGAAUGGAGGAGGUGCGCGGCCCCGGCCCGGACUUGAGGAGUGUCCAUUUUCGCUCGCUUCAUAGCAGGCCUCCGCCGCCUUUUUAUCCCGCCGCCCUUGUAGCUGGUUAUCCGACUACAAACCCGGCGAUUUUUCAAGCGUCAGCAUUCGCCCCUAAUGGAAGCGAACCGAUGUACCAGCCAUACGACAAUGGGAUGUCUGUGGAGCACACACUCACGUCCAAUGGCAACACUCAAGUGAACGGAGGGCCGCCUUCAGGUGAGAGCCAGCUGUCUGCUAAGGUUCCAGUGUUCUCCCCAUCGGGCGGCAGCGGUGCACCGACGACGUUGGAGGACUAUCAGAACUGUCCAGAUGAGCAAGUCGAAAAUUCCCAGGACAACAUGUUGAGCAACGGUCACGACUAUUCUCUCGAGACGUCUCUGGAAACACUUAUUGAAGGCUCCAGGUCUGCUACUGUUAUAUCGUCAGCACCUCUCUCUCUCCCUGCCACAGAUGCAGUUGGAGGGGAGCCUUACCCGGGUUUGCGGACGAAGGCCUUUGAUCAACGGAAGAAUUCUAAGUCCGGCGAGACACCAGCUGCUAUGAAGCAUCUUUACCAAUUUUGGUCCCAUUGUCUGCCUGACAAAUUCAACGUUAGGAUGUAUGAGGAUUUCCGAUCAUCCGCACUAGAAGAUGCCCGUGGCGAUAUGCCAUGCGAUUUCGGGUUGCGGUGUCUUCUUCGGUAUUACAACCAUGUUUUGACCGACGCAGGUCCGAAACCGUACCCGUCGGUCUUUGUGCCGCACUUCACUGAAGCCAGGGAACUCGUGGGAUCGUGGAAAGCGGCCAGUGGUGAGGCCUGA